AAGCCAUUUUCUAUAGUGGCCGCCUUUCAUCCGGAACACGCGAUCGAGGUUCUUGGCGUUGAACGUUACGCCUUUGAAAAACUUGUAUUUUUAACCGUGUAUGCGAAAUAAUUUUGUUAAUUAUUAAGAUAGUGCGUAUGAUAUACGUCUAAAACGUAUUUAUAGUGCAAACAUGGCGCGAUAUGGGCAAAGACCCGAAAACGCACUGAAAAGGGCGAACGAAUUCAUUGAAGUUGGCAAACCAGCCAGAGCUUUGGACACGUUGCAAGAAGUCUUCCGAAAUAAAAAAUGGACAUACAAUUGGUCAGAAUCGGUACUGGAACCUAUAAUGUUCAAGUACUUAGAUCUUUGCGUAGAAUUAAAAAAAUCUCAUAUAGCGAAGGAGGGCCUUUUCCAAUAUCGUAACAUGUUUCAAUCGGUUAACGUUGGAAGUUUAGAAAAUGUAAUUCGUGGCUAUUUACGAAUGGCAGAAGAGAAAACUAAUGCAGCAAGAAAACAAAGUCAACAGGCGGUCAUCGAUAUAGAUGAUCUGGAUAAUCUUGCAACGCCUGAGAGUAUUUUACUUUCUGCUGUAAGCGGUGAGGAUGCACAGGAUAGAAGCGAUCGAACAAUUCUUACACCUUGGGUAAAAUUUUUAUGGGAAUCAUACUGUCAGUGUUUAGAAUUGCUAAGAACCAAUGCUCAUGUAGAAAGUUUGUAUCACGAUAUAGCACGUAUGGCCUUCCAAUUUUGUCUGGAAUACAAUCGUAAGACUGAAUUUCGAAAGUUAUGCGAAAAAUUACGAAAACAUCUGGAGGAGAUAUGUAAACUUCCACAAUUAGUUUCUAAUGUCUCUAUGAACAAAGCUGAAACUCAACAAUUGAAUUUGGAAACUCGACUUAAUCAAUUAGAUUCGGCAAUUCAGAUGGAACUUUGGCAAGAGGCAUUCAAAUCGUCCGAGGACGUGCAUGGUAUGAUGAAUCUCUCCAAGAAAUCGCCUGUUCCAAAAACGAUGGCUAACUAUUAUCAAAAAUUAGCUAUGGUCUUUUGGAAGGCAGGUAAUUAUUUAUUCCAUGCAGCAGCUCUCUUUAAACUAUUACAGUUGUCACGCGAGAUGAAAAAGAAUAUGUCACCAGAGGAACAACAACGAAUGGCUAAUCGCGUGUUGCUAGCCACUUUGUCGAUACCAUUGCCAUCGGCACAUCCUGAAUUCGAUCGUUUUAUUGAAACCGAUAAGAGCCCUUUGGAGAAAGCUCAAAAGCUCGCGACACUUUUAGGAUUAACACAACCACCAACGCGAGUUUCCUUAUUGAAAGACAUUGUCCGAUUGAAUAUCGUCAAUCUAGCCUCAAGCCAAUUACAGGAAUUAUAUUCAUGGUUGGAAGUUGAGUUCCAUCCUCUGGAACUUUGUAGUAGAGUCGAUUCAGUCAUUCGAACGUUGCAAGCCGAUGAGAAUAGUCCUUUGACGCAAUAUAUACGCGCUUUACAGGACGUUACGCUCGUUCGGUUAGUCCAUCAAAUAUCUCAGGUCUAUCAGACUAUACAAUUCGCUAGAUUGCUGGAACUUGCCAAGUUCACAACAAACUUCCACUUGGAACGGCUUCUGGUCGAUUGCGUUCGUUACAACGAUAUGCAGAUAAGAAUCGAUCACGGCAAACAAUGCGUACACUUUGGCGUUGAUCUUUCGGAAGCUCAAAGAGAGGAUCAUCCAGAUGGUCCAGUCCUACAAGCGAUGCCAUCGGAACAGAUUCGUUGUCAGCUGGUUAACAUGGCUACCGUUCUUCAUCGUGCGAUCAACGUGAUCAAUCCAAACAAGAAGAAGUUCGAACGUGAAAAGCUUCGUGGCGCGAUGGUUAACCAUUAUCACGAAACUAAAAUGAAGGAACACCAGAGAAUAUUAGGAAGACACAAGAUCAUCGAAGAAAGAAAGGAAUACAUCGAGCAUAUCAAUACGGUUCGCGAAGAGGAAGAAAUGAGACGUCAAGAGGAAUUACAGCGUCAGCAAAUAUUGGCUGAACAAAAGAGACUCGAGCAAGAACGCGAGGAACGCGAACGGAAACGUCAGCAAAGUGAGAUCCAGCAGAUCAAGGAUCGGCAUCUCAAGGAGAAAAUGCAACAGAUCUCGCAGACAAGUCAUGGGCAGAAGGUGUUGAAAAAACUCGACGAAGACGAGAUCAAGAAGCUUGACGCCGAACAGAUAGCCGCCCGCGAAGCGGAAGAAUUACAGAAAGAACGUAGGGAGAUGCAACAAAAAUUGAAAUCCCAAGAGAAGAAGAUUGAUUAUUUGGAACGUGCUAAACGUCUUGAGGAGAUACCUUUAUUGGAGAAAGCUGUCGAAGAUAAGAUGGAACAGGCAAAGAAACGUUGGGAACAACAGGAAGCCGAACGUAUUGCUGCUGCCAUCGAAGAGAGACAACAAGCCGUAGCGACUAGGGAACGUAUGGCAAGAAUGAAGGAAGAUCAUGAUAUAUUUUUGGCCAAGAUUUUGGCUGAACGUAAGAGUAUUUACAUGGAGAAACUAAAGGAAUUUGAAAAGAUGUUGAACGAGGAACGUGCUAAGAGAUUGCUUAAACGUAAGAUGGAACGCAAAGCUGAACGUAAGAUGAAAUGGGAGAAGGAACGGGCUGAGGCAGCUGAAAGAAGACGUCUCGAGGAAUUACGCAUCAAGCAAGAGGAAGAGAAGAAACGUUUGGAGGAAGAGAGAGCAAAGAGGGAAGAAGAGGAACGAAAGAAACGUGCCGAGGAAGAAGCAAGAAAGGCCGAACGCAUAGCCAAAAUUGAAAAACAAUCUGAAAUAGCCAGAGCUCGAGAAGCUGAGAUCGAACGUCGUAUGGAAGAGCAGAAACAAAAGGAGAAGGAAAUGUUAACAAAACGAAGACCGGAUGAUCGCUAUCGUCCACCUAGAGAUGGCCGAGAUGGCUUUAGACCUACUGCUGAAAUUUCAAAUUGGCGUUCUUCUCAAGCUGAAAGGAAUGACGAAUCUAGAUUGAGAGGCUGGGAUUCGGAUAAAUGGAGAAAGGAUAGGAGGAAAGAAGAUUUUGAGAGAGAUAUAAGCGACAGGGAGAGAUUAGAUAAAGGACCUGAAAAAGCCGGUUUUCGAGAUCGUGGAAUAUCACGAGUCAUUCUGUGUAAUACUGACAGUCCUCGACCUCGUCGUCCCUACCGACAAAACGAUAUGAGUCGUAAUGAUAUGGAUUGGCGUAGUAGAGACUCCGCCGCUCAAGAUGCUCAAGAUCCACCAGCCAGACGUCAAGAUGAUAAUAGAGAAGAGGAAAGAAAGCGGCUUCCAGAAGACGAUGAUUGGACAAAAGUAGACCGGCGGAGUUGAAGACAAACGGAGUUAAUGAUGAUGAUGAUGAUGAUAAUGAUGAUGAUGUUGAUAAUGAUGAUAAUAAUAAUGAUAAUGAUGAUGAUGAUGAUAAUGAUGAUGAUGAUGAUGAUAACGAUGAUGACGAUAAUCAUAAUACAAGACACGAAUCAAUAGCAUAUACAUAGAUUUCUGAUCGAUACGAAGCUCGCAUAAUAUCAUGCUAUUUUGCAUAUUGCUUCAUUUUAAUGAAUAAUCAAUCGUAGAGCGUCGCGCGUUGAUAUCAAAAAGCACAAAUGUAUAAUCGGUAAUAUCGCGUUGGCGUAAUAUCUAGAUACAGGGAAAAUACAACAUUAAAUCUCACGGAAUAUAAUUGUAUGCAUACAAUUUUUUUUACAUAGAACAUUUACUGUUUAUAUAUAUAUGUAUUAAUUUCUACUUUGAGAAGAUGGCUUCGUAUCGCAGAAGAAAAUAUUUUAUUGGAUCGAUAUGCAGAACAAAGAGGGGAGUCCUAUGGGCAAUCUUCAUUAAACAUAAAUCCUACAGAAUUGGAUGAUAAUAUGUAACGAUAUAUACAAACGUAAAACGGCGCGAAUUAUAUAACAAAAAAGAAAAGAAAAAAAAA